AUGUUUUUCGUCUUUCUUUCUUUCUGUCUUUCUUUCUUUCUUUCUUUCUUUCUUUCUUUCUUUCUUAUUACUCGUUCUUUCAUUACUUUUGCUUGUUUUCCAUUUUCUUUCCUUUCCAUUUUCUUUCGUUUCCUCUUUCUCUUUACUUUUUCAUUAUCCCUUACUUCUUUACACAUAUUUCGGUUUCUUUCUUUCUUUCUUUCUUUCUUUCUUUCUUUCUUUCUUUCUUUCUAUCGCUAUCCAUUACUCCACCGUGCCACUCUCUCUCUCUCACUCACUCACUCACUCACUCUCUCUCUCAUUUUUAAUCAAUAUCUAUCUAUCUAUCUAUCUAAUUUUCUUCGAAUCUUUCUAAUCUUCUCAACUUCUAUCUACAUCAAUCUAAUUUUUCAAUAUCUAUCUAUCUACCUAUCAAACAAUCUAUCUAUCUAUCUAUCUAUCUAUCUAUCUAUCUAUCUAUCUUAA